AUGUCUUCAGAAGAGACCUCCAAUAUAAGUGAUUCUGAUAUUGAUGAUUAUGAAGCAAAUUCUUACUUACAGUUAAAAACAGGAAGGUACAAAGUCAAGAAUCCAGAUGGCACCUACAGGUGCCCUUUCUGUGCGGGUAAAAAGAAACAGGAUUUCUGUUUCAAAGAUCUUAUCCAGCAUGCCAAGGGCAUUGGUGUAUCUAACCGGAAAGGAAAGACUAAGGCAAAUCAUCGGGGUCUUGCCAAAUAUCUGUCUGUAGACCUUGGAACUGAAGCUGGUUCGUCAAAGCAGUUUAUGAUCACGGAGCCAAAUCCUCCUCCCAAUCCAAAGCAAGAUGAUCAGUUCGUCUGGCCUUGGAGGGGGAUCCUAGUAAAUGUCCCAACCGAAUGGAAGAGUGGCAGACGGGUGGGUGAAAGUGCAACAAGGAUAAAAGAGCAGCUAUCUCAAUUUAACCCACUGAAGGUUCACGCUUUGUGGAACUUUAAGGGUCAUACGGGAACUGCCGUUGUGGAUUUCAGCAAUGAUUGGACCGGUUUCAAGGAUGCAAUGGCAUUCGAGAAAUACUUUGAAGCAAGACGUUUUGGUAAGAAGGACUGGGAUGGCCAUAAAAAUCGUGGACAUGACAUGUACGGAUGGAUUGCACGCGAUGAUGACUAUAAUUCUGAGGGACACAUUGGAGAUCAUCUGAGGAAGACUGGAGAUCUGAAAACAGUCACUGACCUCACAAUGGAAGAAUCUCGGAAAAAUGAUAUACUUGUGGCAAAUCUAGCGAGCCAAAUAGAUGUUAAAAAUAGACAUUUACAUGAACUAGAAUGCAAGUACAAUGAGACCGCUUUGUCUCUCACCAAACUUAUGGAAGAGAAGGAUAAGCUACAUGAAACUUAUAACGGAGGUUUGUUAAAAUUCAGGAUUCAAGUUCAUGAUAAGUGAUUUUCUCUUGAUGUUUAAUUUCGGUGACAGUCUCUGGUCUUUUCGUUAAGUAAUCGAAUUGUGGUACAGAUGCUUUUGCAUGGUCGAUUUAUGGGAACACAGAUUCUUUUGUUCAUAAUGCUCGAACAUUUGGAUCGUUGGAAACUUGGAAGCACUUCUUUAAUCGACAACAACAAUCUAGGUUCUGGACUCUGCUUUCCCCUUUAAAAGCUUCAGAGUUUGGAAUCGGCACUCUUGGAAUAUUGUCCCCAUAUUCAUGUCACUGAUCUUAUCAUAUUUUUUCUCUUUCUUUUUGAACCGAUCUGAUUUUUAUUAUCAUGCAAACAGCUCUUCAUUUUAUGAAACCCGAGUUGUUGUAAAAUUGUUGAGCUUUUUGUUUCUAUUCAGAAAUAAGAAAGAUGCAAAAACUUGCGCGUGAUCAUUCUCGGCGAAUUUUCGAGGAAAAUGAAAAGCUUAGGAAGCAGCUAGAAUUGAGAAAGAGUGAGCUUGAUCAUAGACGCAGACAACUUGAAGAACUGGUGGCGGAAAAUGACGCAGAGAGAAGGAAACUUGAUGUCGAGAAGGAAAAGGUCAGCUACUCCAGUGAUUUUGAAAUUGCUCAAGCUUUACAGACACUGGAACUUCCUAGUGUUGAUGCAACUUGUCAUCUCAUCUGAUAGCUGUCUUUGUAUUUGCCAUUGAAAUGCAAGUACAAAUAUAAUCUUACCACUUUGGGCGUUCAAAUAACGCCGACUGCUUAACUAAGAUGGCAUUUUUUUGUGCCAAUUCGGACCGUCUGUGUUGUAUCUUUGUCAUGCAACUGGCCGAAGAAUACCUUGUGUAUGCUAUGAUAAUUCUUAUGCCGUUGUUUUCCCAUUCCAGAAUGCAAAGAAGAAUACAGCGCUCCAGUUGGCCUCUAUUGAGCAGAAGAAUGCAGAUGAGAAGGUUCUAAACCUGCUGAUAGAGCAAAAGGUUUGUUGCAACCGAACAGAUGUCACUAAUCGAAUGCUUCAAGAGAAUGAAUACUUCAAAUAUAUAGAAUUUCUAAUUUUAUUUUAUUUUCUUUUAAUGUAAAACUGCACAGAGGGAAAAGGAAGCCGCACUUGGAAAGAUACUACAGUUGGAGAAGCAACUGGAUGCAAAACAAAAGCUGGAGCUUGAAAUCGAGCAGUUGAAAGGAAAAUUGCAGGUGAUGAAACAUAUGGGGGGUGAAGAAGAUACGGUGUUGGAAAAGAAGAUGGCAGAGAUGAGCGAAGAGUUGAAAGAAAAGAUAGAUGACAUGGAUGCAAUGGAGGACCUGAAUCGUGUGCUUUUGAAGAAAGAGCGUGAGAGCACAGAUGAGCUACAGGAGGCUCGCAAGGAACUGAUUUCGGUAUGAUUUUUUGUAAUAAGUUUCCUUCUAUUCGGCAUGAAAUCAGAUGAAAAAUUAUAGCCUGACACAUGUUGACGGACUUUGUUUCAUCAUGUAGGGAUUGAAAGAUUCUUUGACUGGCCGUUCCUUCAUUGGAAUCAAAAGAAUGGGUGAUCUUGAUGACAAGGCAUUUCAAACUGCUUGCAAACAAAGAUUUCCAGACGAUCCGGAUGUGAAAGCUGCCUUUUUUAGCUCUAGAUGGCAUUCAGAGUUGCUUAACCCUGACUGGCAUCCGUUUAGGAUUGUGACAGUCGAUGGUAAAGAGAAGGUUGUGGGCUAUAACAUCCUGUAGAUUACCACUCGUAUGCAUUCAUGUGUGCUCUUACUGUCCACUCAUCUUUAUUUGUAAACAUUCCAUUCAUAAGUUUCCCAUGAUUUUUCAUUUCAGAUCAUCCCCAGGGCAUUCUUAGAAGUUAUUUCCCCUUCUUUCUUUAUUUUCCCAUAGUUUCUUGUCACCGAAGAUAUCUUCCACUGAGCAAUGCAGGAAGGAAAUCCCUGGUCUUAAUCAAAAGCCAAAAUGCCAUGGAAUGAGUGUGGCGCAAAACUUGUUCUUCCCUGCUUUUUAGUAGCAUGAAUGUUGUUCGUUCGCGAGGAUAUCUUCUUGAGCAUGACUGAAUAGAGUCUCCUGGCGCAGGAAGAGGUUAUCGAGGAUGAUGAAAAAUUGAUCCAGUUGAAGGAAGAACUGGGUGAUGAGGCCUGCAAGGCCGUGAUCACAGCCUUGAUGGAGAUGAACGAAUAUAACCCCAGCGGGAGGUAUGUAGUCCCAGAGCUCUGGAACUUCAAACAAGGGCGAAAAGCAACCCUGAGAGAAGGCAUCGAGUAUGUUCUGAAGAGGUUAAAGACCCAAAAGCGCAAGCGAUGA